GGAAAACAGAAUCGCCCAAGGGGCUGGGAUGCAAGGGCAGGUCUGAAGCCAGCUGUACACCCAGUGGAGAGAAAAGACCCACCUAGGCUGCAGCCACACGGGAGCAGGGGAUUUGCUGUGUCCUGUGACAGUGGCCCUGAUGGGACGUGUCAGGCAGGUUCCUCUGUGACACUCUGCCCAAUGUCACUGAACAGGGUGUCCAACACCAGGCCACCUCCAGAGCUGUACCCUGACCACCUCUGCCUCACACCCAGCAGGGCCCCGAGCCCCAUGGGUGCCACCAGAGGCCAGUGACUAGGAGGGACUGGUGUGGGGGGACAGCCGGGCAUCCACACAAGUCUGCCAGAGCAAGCUGUGUGUGCAUGCAGACACGGUGCAAUGCACCAUGCAGGUGACAUGUUACAUGCAUGUUCUGAGCAUUCCCUGCGUUGUGGCCCUUCCCAUGGGUCAACAGGACAGGCAAGACCGAACCUCAGAAGGCUGUAAACUCCAGGUCGCUGGAAGACACCCCCCCCAGGGGUGUGACUAGCCACCCUCAGUUCCUCUGGGCGCACAGGGCACCCUCACCCCCAAGCUGUGUCAGGGAGGCCUCUAGGCCCAGGGACACUGGUCCCUGGGUACCCAGGGGUUAGGUGGGGUCUGCCCAUCCUUCCAGCUGGCCCUGCACACACCUGGUGCUGACACCACUCCAGGGCCCGUUUGGUCAGUACUUUUCCUCCCUCGUUUGCAUGUGCCUUCCUGCAGGCCCAGCUGUGAGCUUUGUUUUCAGGGGCGCUGGUUGCCCCCCGUGCCCACAGCCAGCCGUGGAGCUCCUGAAGCUUCUCCAUCCCAGAUCCCCAAGGUUCACCGUUCCCGGGCAGUCUGAGAGGCCACAAACCCCACCCCAGGACCCCUCCCAGGGUUCACGCCAGGCUGGCCACCCAACCACCGUCCUGGCUGGCCUGCCUCCUGGGCCUCCAAAUGGAGCCACUCCUGCAGCCCCACCCCAAGUGCUGACAGUGCCUCACGCUUUGUGCCCACUGCCCAGGGCACUGGCACCUCUGCAGGCAGCUAGGAACCCCAGGACCCUCUGCCAGGGGUCCCUGGGGUCUUCCUCCUCCCAAGAAUGGGGUGGGUGCUGAGGGGCUUAGACAUGACGGGUAACAAAGUCAUGGUCAGUGGCUCCUCAGAGCCUGCCUAUCUGGGUCACUGUGCCCAGAGGGCCUGGUGGCGGCAUCAGGAUAAAGGAGCCCAAGGUGUGCAAACCCACAGGCCUGGGAGAUUGAGGAUAUUUCCAGGGGCCCCAGGCUGGGCAGGUGGGAACAAAUGAGAGUUUUGCUAAACAAAUCUCCCCACCCUCCUGCACUCACAUAUCUGGGCCCCCACCUGGUUUGCCCACUGCCAUCCCUGCUGGAUGCUGCCGCCUGCCAUGCCAGGCCUGGCUUUCCUGGCCCUUGCAGCUCUCCUUGGCCUUGGGGCAGGGACGCCGCUGUGCCUGUCCCGGCAGCUCAGGAUGCAGGGGGACUACGUGCUGGGCGGGCUCUUCCCCCUGGGCUCUGCCGAGGAUGCUGAUCUGAGCAGCAGGAUGCAGCCCAGCACCACAGUGUGCACCAGGUUCUCCGUCCUUGGCCUACUCUGGGCACUGGCCAUGAAGAUGGCCGUGGAGGAGAUCAACAAUGCGUCAGCCCUGCUGCCGGGGGUACGGCUGGGCUACGACCUCUUUGACACGUGCUCAGAACCUGUGGUGGCCAUGAAGCACAGCCUCACAUUCGUGGCCAAAGCGGGCAGCCACACCAUUGCUGCACACUGCGAUUACACGCAGCACCAGCCCCGCGUGCUGGCUGUUGUCGGGCCCCACUCGUCUGAGCUCGCCCUUGUCACCAGCAAGUUCUUCAGCUUCUUCCUUAUGCCUCAGGUCAGCUACGGCGCCAGCACGGACCGGCUGAGCAACCGGGAGCUGUUCCCGUCCUUCUUCCGUACUGUGCCCAGCGACCGCGUGCAGGCGGUGGCCAUUGUGGAGCUGCUGCAGGCGCUCAGCUGGAACUGGGUGGCCGCGGUGGGCAGUGAUGACGAGUAUGGCCGGCAGGGCCUGAACCUCUUCUCCAGCCUGGCCACCUCCCGGGGCAUCUGCAUUGCCCACGAGGGCCUGGUGCCGCGGCUGGGCGCCAGCAGUCUGCAGCUGGGUGCUGUGGCGGGCGUGCUGCAGCAGGUGAACCGGAGCAGCGUGCAGGUGGUGGUGCUCUUCUCCUCCGCGCGCGCUGCCCACACCCUCUUCAGCUACAGCAUCCACGGCAGGCUCUUGCCCAAGGUGUGGGUAGCCAGCGAGGCCUGGCUAACCGCGGACCUGGUCAUGACCCUGCCCGGCAUGUCCCAGGUGGGCACUGUGCUUGGCUUCCUGCAGCAGGGCGCCCCAAUGCCUGAGUUCUCAUCCUACGUGCAGACCUGCCUGGCCCGGGCUGCCGACCCCACCUUCUGUGCCUCGCUAGACGCUGAGCCGCCGGGCUUGGAAGAGCACGGGGUGGGGCUGCGCUGCCCCCAGUGUGACCACAUCACACUGGGGGACGUGUCCGCCGGGCUGCUGCGUCACCAGACCUUCACUGCGUACGCGGCCGUGUACGGUGUGGCUCAGGCUCUCCACAACACGCUGCUCUGCAAUGCCUCGGGCUGCCCCAGACGGGAGCCCGUGCGGCCCUGGCAAGUGAGGGCGUGGCACCCUGCCAGCACCUGCAUGCAGCCUGGGCCACCGGGUGUCCCCAGAAGCGAUGUUGGCGGGGUGUCUGAGCUGGAGGCUGCCCUUGGCCCAUCCCAUCCACUGCCUCAACCCUCUCACCAGCUCCUGGAGAACAUGUACAACAUGAGCUUCCGCGCACGUGGCCUGGCACUGCGGUUUGACACCAGUGGGAAUGUGGACAUGGACUAUGACCUGAAGCUGUGGGUGUGGCGGGACCUGGUGCCUGAGCUGCGUACCGUGGGCACCUUCAGUGGCCGCCUGCAGCUCUGGCACUCCCGUAUGUACUGGCACACUCCAGGAAAUAAGGUGAGUGUGGGGCCGCCUGUCCACGGACACACAGCAGCUCCCUUGUGGCCAGGAGCAAGCUGUGGCUUGACUGGAGGGCCUGAGGGCUACCUCAGGACUUGGAUGGGUGCACCCACCCUUCUGAGCCCUGGGGCCCCGUGCCAGGAGCCCGUGUCCCAGUGCUCCAGGGAGUGCAAGAAGGGCCAGGUGCACCGUGUGAAGGGCCUCCACUCCUGCUGUUAUGAUUGUGUGGACUGCAAGGCAGGCAGCUACCUGCACAGCCCAGAUGACCUCAUUUGCACCCAGUGUGACCAGGACCAGUGGUCACCAGACAGGAGCACACGCUGCUUCCCUCGGCGGCCCAGGUUCUUGGCAUGGGGGGAGCCCGCCAUGCUGGUGCUGCUCCCGCUGCUGGGCCUGGCCCUGGGCCUGGUGCUGGUGGCCCUGGGGCUCUUCAUCCAGCACCGGGACAGCCCACUGGUCCAGGCCUCAGGUGGGCUGCAGGCCUGCUUCGGCCUGGCCUGCCUGGGCCUCGUCUGCCUCAGCGUCCUCCUGCUCCCUGGCCAGCCCAGCCCCACCAGCUGCCUGGCACAGCAGCCACUGCUCCACCUCCCGCUCACUGGCUGCCUGAGCACACUCUUCCUGCAGGCAGCUGAGAUCUUUGUGCGGUCAGAGCUGCCGCCAAACUGGGCGGACAUGCUACGUGGCUGCCUACGGGGGCCCAGGGCCUGGCUGGCGGUGCUGCUCGCCAUGCUGGUGGAGGCGGCACUGUGUGCCUGGUACCUAGUGGCUUUCCCUCCAGAGGUGGUGAUCGACUGGCGAGCGCUGCCCACAGAGGCCUUGCUGCACUGCCGUGUGCACUCCUGGAUUGGCCUUGGCCUGGUGCAUGCCGCCAACGCCACACUGGCCUUCCUCUGCUUCCUGGGCACCUUCCUGGUACAGAGCCCACAUGGCCACUACAGUAACGCCCACGGCCUCACCUUUGCCAUGCUGGCCUACUUCAUUACCUGGACCUCCUUCGUGCCCCUCUUUGCCAAUGUGCACGUGGCCUACCAGCCUGCCAUGCAGAUGGGCGCCAUCCUCCUCACUGCCCUGGGCAUCCUGGCCACAUUCCACCUGCCCAAGUGUUACCUGCUCUUGUGGCGGCCAGAGCUCAACACCCCUGCAUUCUUCCUAGAAGGCAGGCCUGACAAUGCCAGAGGACAGGGUGGCAGUGGAGGUGGGGAGGGAACUUAGCAAAAAUGAGUGACCCCUGACCUGGUGACCUCACCCCAGUGAAUCCAGACCUAGCUGACCAAGUCCCUACACAGCAACCCCCAAACUGUGCUGAACUCUGCUGAGACCUCACCUUCAGCUCUAGAUCCUGACCCCAAGCUGACUGCUGACCUUGACCCCACAGUGGCCCUGGGGCCUGCAGCACACAAGAGGAGCCCCAGCCCCAUGGGAUCGCACCACCUUGGGUCACAGAGAGCCAGGCUCUGUCUCUGAGCCCCGCUGCUCUGGAGAGACCCAGGGAAGGUUCCUCAGGGCAAAAAAAGGGUCCCCAUUUUUGCCCUGAGGUUCCCCAGAGGUUAGGGAGCCCCCAGCCACUCCUUUAAGGCCAAGCUGGACGUCGCUCCUGUAGCUAGCCCCAGCAUGGGGUUCCCAGCCAGCACCCCUCCAAGCAUCACAGGAGAGGGGGGGGGGGCUGGGCAGUCCUGGCCAUGACCUGACUGUGGGCCUGAGUGUAGGACAGGAACGUGGGCAGAGGGCUGCUCAGGGGGAGGGGGCAGCCAGCUUCCUUCUCUUUCCCUGGCCUGGCCUGAGCAAGUGGACCAGGUCAGCUAGACGUCAGCACUGGGGACAGAGCCCAGGCAGGGUGAGGGGUAAGCACCACGGCCACCACCCACCGCUGGACCCCAGGAGCAGGGAGCCAGCACCACGGACAGAAGGCUGCCCUCCAGGACCCCACCAGCAGCCAGCACCGAGGGCAGAGCC